AUGUGUGACAAGCUUAAACAGGUGCUACCAGAUAUCAUAUCUCCCACUCAGGGUGCCUUUGUUGCAGGGAGAUCAAUCCUGCAUAAUGUGAUGAUUUUCCAAGAUAUUAUCAAAUCCUAUACUAGAGGCAAUGCUAAACCUAGCUGCGUGAUGAAAUUAGACCUCAAGAAGGCCUAUGACACUGUAGAGUGGGGGUUCAUAGAGGAAGUUAUGAAGAAGUUUGGCUUUCCUCAUCACUUUAUCCAGUUGGUUAUGACUUGUUUGACCACCACUCAGUAUUCUCUCCUUAUAAAUGGUGUUCCUUCUCCUCUCAUACAACCUAAAAGAGGUUUAAGACAUGGGGACCCCCUCUCCCCCCCCCUCUUAUCCACUCUCUAUAUGGAGUAUUUUUCAAGAAUUAUGAAGUUGAUUGCCUCUCAUCGCAAUUUUAAACACCACUCAAGGUGUAAGAGAGUCAAUCUCAACCACUUGUGUUUUGCAGAUGAUCUCUUGCUCUUCUGUCAUGGGGAUGUAACUUCCUUUCAGCUGAUGCUGGAGGGUCUCACGCUGUUCUCUUCUUCUACUGGUCUACAGGUGAAUCCUAGUAAAUCUUCUAUCUACUUCUGUGGGUUUUCAGCUCAUGCCAAAAACAUCAUCACUGGUCUUUCUGGCUACAAUAUUGAUAAUUUCCCCUUCAGAUACCUAGGGGUUCCCAUUAGCCCCAAGAAAAUUCAGCUGGGUGAUUGCAAUUUGUUGAUGGAGAAGAUGGUGUAUAGAAUUAAAGUCUGGAGCUCAAGACAUUUUUCUUUUGCAUGGAGAAUGCAAUUGGUGAAUUCAGUUCUCAUGAGCAUAAGUGUGUAUUGGUGUCAGCUGUUUCUCCUCCCUAGCACUAUCAUCAAGAAAAUCAAUGCUAUUUGUAGAUCAUACCUGUGGUUUGGAGUAUAUGAUGAUGGAACACCUGGUAGUGUAAACUGGGACAAACUUUGUGAUUCUAAGGAGCAAGGUGGUCUAGGGUUCAGAAAUUUAGCUUUAUGGAAUCAGGCAGCUGUGGGAAAGUUGGCUUGGGCAAUUGAGCAAAAACAAGAUAACUUAUGGGUGAAGUGGAUACAUGCUCUGUAUGUAAAGAACAAGAAUUGGCAGCUGUUCUCUCCAUCACUAGCUUCUAGUUGGCCUGUGAAGCACAUUUGCAAGGUCAAAGGGAUGUGUACUGAAAAGCUUAAUGGUUCUAGCUGGCUCACUACUUCUAAGUACUCUAUUAAGAGUAUGUACAUCAAGCUUUGCACUCCAUCAGAAAGAACUCAGUGGGCCAGGUAUAUUUGGAACCGACUGUCUGUUCCUAAACAUAGGUUCUCCCUAUGGUUAGCUCUGUUGGAUAGGCACAAAACCAAAAGUAGACUUUAUCAAUAUGGCAUAAGCACUGAUAAUCUGUGUGCCAUUUGUGGUUCUGCCCCAGAGACCAGUACCCAUCUCUUCUUUGAUUGCUUCUACAGUCUUGGAUGCUUGACUGAAAUCGCAGACUGGUUAGGUCUGUCUUGCACCAGGAAGAAUGUUAUUCAGAUUCUGAAUUGGACUAGAAGAUACUGCAAGAGUGCCUUUAAAAGGAAGAUCAUCAUGCUGCUGUUGCAGGAUUGGUUUAUGCAAUUUGGAGAGCUAGAAAUACUUCAGUUUGGGAAGGGGCAGUGCCAACUGCUGUGA